AUGCCGAGCCAGGGCACAGAACCCCCCGUCCACUAUGCCGUCGCCUUGUUUCCGGGCUUCCAGGCCCUCGACUUCUUCGGCCCUAUCGACGCAAUCAACAUGCUGUCGAGGUCGCGAAAGGUUGAGUUCUCCAUCAUCGCCGCCACUCUAGACCCCGUUUCCACCUUCGCCGAGCCCCUCUUCCCCGGCCAAGAGGCCAAAUGGAACCCUCUCAGCUCGAAUUGCGGACAGAGCAUCGUGCCGACACAUACAUUUGACAAUCCCCCCGGAAACCUCGAGGUCUUGCUGGUCCCUGGUGGCGCCGGCACUCGUGCCCCGCAGGUCUACGGCCCCGUCGUCGAGUUCAUCCAGAAGAUCUACCCGUCGCUCAGAUAUCUUCUCACCGUGUGCACGGGGGCCGGCCUUGCAGCUCGCGCGGGCGUGCUAGACGGGCGACGCGCGACCACGAACAAGCGUGCGUGGGACGAGGUGAUUGCAUGGCGCGAGCAGGUCAACUGGAUCAAGAAAGCGCGCUGGAUCGACGACGGCAACAUCUGGACCUCGUCGGGUAUUAGUGCUGGCAUUGACAUGAUGCUGGCCUUUAUAGGUGCCAAAUAUGACGAGGAACUGGCCACGUUGUUAGCCAACAGGCUGGAGUACACCCGGAGCGACUCCUGGGACGACGAUCCUUUUGCAUGA